AUGCAACACUGGCCAACUGAGUCUUCGGAAACGCGCAAUCAACAAGACAACCCCUCGAACCCCUCCUCCUCAAGUCAGCAUGGCUUUCGUCACCGCCAACAGCCGACCGGCGUCGAUCAGCUCCGUCGCGCCGACUCCGGCGGCGCAUCCCCGCGCUCUGUCCCGGACGGUGGCCGCCGUGACUCACUCAACGCCAUCAGCGCUGCCCAGCUCGACGAGAAGCUUCGCGGGCUGAGUUUCGACAGCGCCAGCUUCACUUCCGAGGCCUAUCCCUCCAUCGCCGGUCAAAGAGUGAUUGAUUACGAGAAUGCCCUCACGCCCUCGCCCCGACAGCCAUUGGGCUUCAAAGUCAUUAAGCGAUCCGAUCCACGACCUGAUGGCGUUCAGCUUACAGACUUUCCCAACGACUGCGCAGAGAUCUUGACCCAUGUCCUAUCCCACUUGCAUCCCGAUUCCCACUCGGCCGUGGCGCUCGUGUCGAAGCGCUUCUACGCCCUCGUCACCACUCCCCAUGCGUGGCGAAUGGCCUUUUUGCGAUUCUUCCCGGGCCAUGUCAUGCUGGAUGAUAACUCUGGAAAGCCUCGUCCGGGUCCCCUUGAAGAAGACAUCUCCGAGUUUGUGCGAUCUGAGGCGCGCUAUUUCGCGCGCCUGACGCCUUUGGCGACAUGGAGGAGCGAGUACUUGCUGCGCACGCGUCUGCUUCGGGGCCUUGUGAGGGGCAAGCCGGGCUCCGGCAUUGGGUCUUCCACUCGCAGCAGCAAGAAGUCAAGUGCCGUUCUGACCUACAACUCGAAACUGCCUUGGGUUGUUACGCACGUACACGCCGUGUUCUCUACCGCCGCGGCGAAGAAACCUCCUCAGGCAAUUCACGGGGCGGCAGACCUGGGUGUUGGGACAAUCAGCGAUCCUACCAACGGGAGAGUCGAGAAAUGGGGCUUCAACGACCCGUUCUCCACCCUUCAGCUGGAUGAGGUUAUGCCACAAUUGGAGCCAUACGGCGUUGGAGACGGACCUGCUGCAUGCCCCAAUGUCAUGGAUGUAAGCCAGCCUUAUGGACUCAUCUCUGGCGAAGGCUUUCCCGGCGGACGCGCCUAUUUCCGUCCCGCAAACGAGCUGCGUGGCCGAUAUCUCGGCACUGACACCGGCGUGAUCGACACGUAUCCUGACAUUCCCAAAAUCCCGGAACUGUCAGAGGCACUUUCUAGUGUCUGGAUCGCCAAGUCUACAGCGGUACCCAACAUGACGCACUCGGUCGUUGGUAUCAUGACAGGUUCAACGCUCGGAGUUGUUACAUGCUAUGCCCUCGGAGGAGACGGUAGCGGUCCCCGACAUGCGAAUGGCGAGAUGACAGCCCGUUGGGUUCUCAGCCCAGGCGUCCCCAUUGUAUCUCUGAAGGUCGACGAGCAGUACACUCAGAAGCGCAAGACCGCUCAGCGAGUCUGGGCUGUCGCUCUCAACGCCCUGGGUGAGGUUUACUACCUUGUCGAUGUCCCCAGGUCACCCGUUGAGCGAGCCAAGGGCGAGGACAUUACCAAGAACGCUUGGUACGCUGGCAGAUCGGUCUACUGGCAGCUCAUCGACCACACCCGCCGCCAAGCACAGGCCGAUGACCUAGAUAAGCACGCGCUCAAGGGCGCUUACUCCCCUCGGUCUCCUGCGGACGCGAUGAAAUUGAGCAGAGAACAGCUCGUCGCAGAGGCUCGCGAGAUUGACAAGUUCAUGCGGUACAAGCCUAACCAUUUCCGAAGAGUCUGCGACGGCUGGGAUAUGCGCAGAAGACUGGAAGUCGAUUUCGCCAACGACGAUGGCGGCGGCGCGGGAGAAAUCAUCGUGUCCAUCCGCUGUGGCCUUGACAAAUCGGAACCCGAAGUCACACGUUUUGUUAGAUCUGUCGCCCAAACGCCCCGACCAAGUGUCGAGGACGCUUCCACUCCUUUGACAGAGUCGAUACCGGUUUCGACGUCUUUAUUCGGAGAUGGCAUCGUCGAUGUCAAGCCUAUGGUGGCGCAGCAACCGAGCAAGGGCGAUGUGACGCCGGCUUCUUCGGGUUUGCUGACUCCCACGGCCACGCUCAGCUCGCUGGACGAAUGGUCUGUUUCCAGUCUGGCACUGGGAAGCCAGGUGUCAGAGAUCACAGCAUCCGCCGUAGAUCUUUCCUCCCACGCUCUCGUGACUCUGUACGAGGACCCUCUUCACUUCGGGCACAAGUCGGCAGCCACUCCCACAAUGACACCGCAAACCGCAGAGAGUUUCGCGGAGAUCCCAGGCCGAAGGACUCGCAUGAUUGCGAUUGGAACCAAGACAGGCGGCGUGGUGGUUUGGAACAUGCGCGACCAGCAAAACACGGAGGUCAAGCCCUUACGUGUGAUCCAAACAGACUCUCCUGAAAUUUCGUGUCUAGCCUUGACAGCUCUCUACCUCGUCCACGGGGGGACCGACGGCCUGGUCCAGGCAUGGGACCCUCUUGCUUCAACGCUGGAGCCCCUUCGUACCCUCAAUGCCCGCUCCGCGGGUCGCGUCCCUCGUCACAUGUUGACGAUGAACCCUUCGCUCAGUGGGGACACGUACCCGGCCGCGCGAGCCAUCUAUCUCGACCCUGACCCGACAGUCCUGCGCGGCAUCACGUCCUUUGGCGCCUUCUUGCGCUACUGGGCUUACAGCGCCAUCACUCAACCUCCCGGCCGCAAGCGCCGUCUUCGUCACUCCGACAUUCACGGCCGCCUGGCGACGCGUCGCCAGGGUGGCAACGUGUCUGGUUAUAUCGCCGCCGAAACUGCGGAACUCCGCCGAGAGCAGGAGCAGAAGGCUCGUGAAGAUGCCUGGCUGCGCAAUCGCUUCGGCGUUGGUGCGUUCGGCGACUUGACCGAAGAGGAGGCCAUCCAGUACGCUGAGAUGAUCUCCCAGGAGACCUUGUUGUUGGAGGAGCAGCGGCGUACUAGUGCCAGCGACACUGGCUCGGCAGCUGACGGCGGUUUGGACACGGCAUCUUCGUUCAGCGAGAGCACCGUCGAUACGGUCACGCCGGAGCCAAGUGUGACCGGUUUCACACCGCCCCCUCCGGUACCCGAGGAGGAUGAAUAUGAAGUGCAAAUUCAGCAGGCGCUGAGGCUCUCGCUCAUGGAGGCAGUCAACGACACUGGACCGUCGCCACGAGGCAACAGCUCAGGCGACUACGAGUUUGCAGUCAAGUACAAGCCCAAGGCGACCAAGAAAACGAAGCGGACACCAUCUACAUCCCCGUCAGCAAGCUACACACCCAACGCCGGGUACAACGCAGCGGGGUCCUCCAGCAGGGCCACGCCCAGAGACGACGACCUGGAGCUUGCUCUGGCUCUGAGCGCCGGUGAUGCUGGCUCCAGUAGGCCCCCGCCGCAGGAAGACGACCUCGAGUUAGCUUUGAGGCUCAGCCUCCAGGAAGCUACCGCCAGCGGCCACCCCGGCCUAGGGAUUGAGCAGGAUCACUUCCAGCAGGAGGAGUUCCCCGUGCUGGAGACCAGGGGCAAAGGAAAAGGGAGGAUGUGA